UCAAUCAUCGCGUUUUCAGUGCAUGAUAUAAUGCGAACAUAACCAAAAAAGGUUUUGCGAAAAAUAUUUACUGUUUACGAAGCGCGAUGUAACGACACGCAGUAUAAGUGCAUCUAAUGAUUUGGCGGAUCGUAAACAUCUGAGAUGGGAUGACACGUCGUAACGCAGGUUGAAGCUAGCCGCGCUUUGAAUCGGGAAUCUGUUCCAAAACCAGAUUUCUAGAAGGGACAAAAAUGGCGACUGAUGUAAUAAUUAGAGGUAAGGACAGGCUGCAAGAGAUCAGCACAAAAUUGGAACAUAGUCACUUGGCAUACCUGCAAACAGAUGACAGUCCUUUAAAAUUACAACAACGUCAUAAAUUGGAAGGUUUUAUAAAAGAAUAUCUCUGUCUAGUGCCCAACGAAAAUAAAUAUGUGUUUCAAGAAACAGCAGAUAUUUUACAUAGGUCAGCGGCUACAGUGACUGAUUUCAGUGGGUAUAGAGCAGCGACUGCUUGGAGUGCAAUUUCAUUGUAUGCAGCUAAUCUCUUGGCUCAGCCUUGGAGAAAAGAAUACAGAACAGUGAGGACAUAUAGUGGCUAUUACAAGCAUGAGGUAGAAGCGAACUUAAUAGGCGCGGAGUUAAUGUUUGAGCAGAUGGGCUAUAAACAUACUGGCCUGGGUGUGCUGACUUUGGAAGGGCCGAUUGAUCCGGAUAAAGUUUCCAGCGUCAGCAGAGAUGCUAUCGUGGCGUUUGUAGAGUGUCAGAUCCUGAAGCAGAUAUGGGAAACUGUGUCGCAGAAUUAUACUAUCUCCUGGUUGGAGGUGUUGGAGUUCCGCGAGAACAACGUUGGUACGCCGGAGCAGGCGAUCCGUGCGCUUAACUACCGUUUUCUCGAGAAGUUGCAUCAGAACCGCGCAACCAAAACUAACAGCUACAAGGAUUACUAUACUCAGCAGCAGCAGCAAACUGUAGAUGCUGUGCCACUUACUGUACCGUAUCAAAUCAUACAACCAAAUUACAACGUGGUGACAAUGCCGCCGGCCUGCCAGACGGACUACAGACGCAUCGAGGACGUGAGUAACAUGAUGUCGGCAAACUAUCGAUAUUACCAGCCGCUCGAUCAUACCUUCGUCAACUGUUGUAACACCUACGGCUGUUUGCCACACGGGAACAAGUUCUAUAGUGGCGGCGGUAUGCAAACGGACCCUUACUGCGCUACAUUACCGGCUUACCCGCCGAUCCGAGUGCCGACCGGCAGACUGAUAGAGCUUGACGCCGUACCGGCGUCCACGGUGAGCCAUUACAGCGAUAAGACUCCUCGUAAGUCCACAAUGCUCCACAAGAUAUCGGAUUUGGACGAGGUAGAUUUUUAUAGACGGCAGGAGCCUUUGAGCGACGUAGAUCAUUACAACGAGUACGGCGAUAAGGCCGUAGAUAGGAAGGCCGCUAGCAGAUCCAACUCCAGCGUCAGCAGGACGCGCGGUGAUGGUUACGACACGUGGGAUUUCGUGUACAAGAAUCUCGAGAGCCAAGGUUACUCGAAGGACCUCGGCGAACGGGAGGAUGUGCUGCAACACAGAAAAGAGUUGGACUCACGCACACAGUCCAAGCACAGAACGCUUAGGACGCAGACGGAGAAUGAAAACAAAUACAGCUCGCACCGGUUCGAGAAGAGAAGAAGUGGCAGGAGCGAGGCGCACGACGUCGACAUCAGCGAGACCAACGAUAGAAAUCACCAGGAUAUCUUGCCGUUCAAGAAAAAAUCCUCGUCCUUCGAUCUGUCAGAUUCGAGCAAGUACAACAAUAGCGCUGGCGCCGGCGUUACAGUAGAUACGUAUAACCGGGACAAGAAGCACAACAGUCAGACCUUACCGAUGCCACGCACGCACAGAUCCUCGGAUCAAAUAGCAAAGAUUGAAGACUCGUUGAGAAACGUUGAUAUCGCGCGAAUCAGCAAGGACGGGAUAGGGAAGCAAGAGGAGGACCGGAAGGACCGAAACGAGAGAAGGUGGAACUGCGGCACAUGCACGUAUUUGAAUACACCCGACAAGGACAUCUGCGAAAUGUGUGGCAAGUCCAGAUACAAGGGCAACGAGGACAAGCCGCUCGCUAGCGGCGGUAAGGAAUGCCCCAAAUGCACGCUGGUGAACGAGAAGGACGUUUCUAUCUGUGAUGCCUGCCAUACCAGUCUAAAGGAUUCCCCGACCUACAUAUAGAAGAGCCGAGUUUUCCGAGGCCUAGGGAAGAAAAGAAAUUAUUCGAAUUUUGAAGGAUAUACGAUCGGACAAAACGAAAGAGGGCAGUCGCAAUCGCAUGAUAAUGAUCGUGCGAUAUAAUAACUGCCGUCUGACGAAACCUCAGCGAAGUUUCGUCGAUUACGAUCGCCGUUCAAGCACUUACUUUGGUCCAUCUUCACUUUAAAAACGAAAAAGAAGUUCUCGCACGUUCGAUCGAAUCACGGCUUUUGUCGCGGUAUUGCGCAACGGUCUCACAUCGCGUGUAAGAGAUAGAGAUAUGUCAUGUGGACAUAGAGAUACGUACAACGCGAUUCUUUUUCAACGACCUAAUGAAAACGGAAGGUGGAUAGAGAGAAGAAAAAAAGAGAAUUUAGAGACAUAAUAUAUUGAUAGCAUGCGAAUACUGAUUUCUAUAGAGAAGAGAGGGUACAAAACUAUUUAUUUAAAAUUUAUCUUGCGCAGUAGGCUUAUAACAAUUCCUCUUUUAGUAUCACGUUAGCAUUAAAACAUUGGGGCCUAUUGGUUAGAUAUCAAGUAGACAUCGGGAUCAUGUAUAUCAUUAUUAAAGCUUUCGUAGUAUUUGGCGGCUUGCUAGUAAAGAAUUCUACUCAAGUAUUGAACACACAUGCAAAACUUCUUAUUGACUGAUCAAUCAUUGAACAUAAAUCAUUGAACCAAUUCCACGGAGAUUGAUAGAAAAAUAGCAAAAACUAGUAUGUUGCUUGUCAAACAGAUAUUUAAUCGCAUAUUUGACUUUCUAUCAAAUACACAUAGUGUACAAUUUGUUUUUUAAAUUAAGAUUACAUCAUAGAAAACUGAGUGUGGUGCAACUAUUUACCAUUACUAUAAAAAAAGAAAACAAAAUUACAGUAAAUAUGAAACGUUGUUAUUGUAAUUAAUGGAUUUUGUAUAUAAUGCGCCACUAUAUAAUGAUCAUUAAAUUAUUCUAAAAAUUUUGAUCGCGGCAGCCGCUUCUCGGUUUGCGUAUAAUAGUUUACGCUAUGUUAGUAACUUGAGUGUAAAGGAGUGUUUUACAUUCACUAAGGAAUUCCCCAAAAUUAUAAAUUAGGCGAUUGUUGUGAAAUACAAAGAACGUUAAACUCAGCUUUACCAAAUUAUAAAAUUAUCACGCAAUCAGUUGCGGAUUGUUGUUAGAAUUAUCACAAUAAUAUAUGCAUAUUAUGCUACACAUUACUAGAAAAAAGAGAAUAGAUUAUAAACAGUGGUAAUGAAAACGAUUGGCUGUACAGAUUCUACGGUAAGUGGCAGAAUUUUACAAGUAAAACAGCGUCUAUGUUAAAUCAUACAUUCUGUCAUCACUUAGAAGUAACUUUCUCGUUUAUUUAAGAGCUAUUAUUAUAAAUGCCCAUUGUUAUUUAUUCAUACAUUCCUUAUUCAUUGAUUUGUUGAGACGUUAAAUUUGUUCUGUUUAUCGAACACCUCUCGCUUUCAUGUAUCUGCAAUGCAUCUAUGUUUCAUUUGUUAUAUCUAAGCUUGGUUUGGAUCAUUGAAUGUACGUAACAUGCAGUGUCUUAACUUUAUACGUAUAUAAAAUACGCGCAAAAUGCUUGGGUUUCCGCAAGUUUGUCGAAGUUGCACAAAACGAUAUGUAUAUGCAGCUAAGUAAGCUUAGUCGAAAGUGUUUCUCUGUCCAGAGACAUUGGACUUUUGCUCAAUAGAGAAAUCUAUAACGAAUGCUUGAGCUAAUGUACUUCAGUUUACGUUCAACCCUCAGGCGUUUUUAUUAACCGCACAGUCAGUAAAGGAAAACUUUAUUUGCCGUACUAUCUUAGCCUAAUUUACGUAAUUUAAUACGUCGAGGUUAAAGUACAGAAGAAGUAAUUCAUGGCUACGUCGCUUAAUAUAGGCGAUGCACUGAUAAGAGAUAGCAACAGAUAUUAAUAGGACAAUUGGCACUUUGAAAACGAAGACUUAGUACAACAAUAAUUAUUGUGCUUUUCCUAAAUAAGGAUAUCCGUUUGUAUUUCAGGUAUAUACUCUAUCGCAAUAUAAAUAAUUUUUAAUACCGUUUAUAAAAGUCUGAUAUUACAAUUGUAGUAGAAUUGAUAUUUUUUCAUUGAUAAAGUAUAAGAGUACGGUAAAAAAAACAGAGAGUAGGCAGUAUAAAAGCAUGCAUAAGUGGUUAUAUUGUAACAUCUUGCGGAGUUUAUGUAAAUUGUAUAAUAAUCUGUUGUAUAAUAAAAUUUAAUAUAAUACAUACUAUAUUGAUUAAAUAAUACAUAUUAUAUUCAUGUAAAAUUUUUAUUAGAACGUGUUAUCAUAGACAUUACAUUUGUACAAAAUAUGCAAAGAGAUAAUAUAUAAUUAUUUUUAAAUAUUUAAAUUAGAUUAAAAUAUGAAUAAAU